AUGUCCUCUGAGUUCGACCACGACAUGGACUUUUUUGAGCACUUCCACGGAUUUGACCAGGAACCUUUCGACUUCAGCGAGUAUUGCAACGACGCCGAUUACGAGAUUGAUUCGGCUCUCGAAGCCCAGACUCUCGAUCAUCCAGCGACGGACGCAGGCGGCCAGCUUUGCGACCCAGACGCCUCUGCAGGUGUCUUGGAGCCCAACCAGGCAUCUUUGCAUGAGGGCCCCUCAGCCAUAUUGCCCAGAUCCAACCAAUCGGAAUUGGUGUUAGGUACCAACAUCGACACGGCAGUCCUGCCCAACCACCUCCACUCCGGCGGCAUGAACGAAGGGGAAGUUGCCGCUGCUGGGUCUGCCCCACCCAGCCACCCCAACAUGAUCGGCACAGCAGCUGCCUCUUCUGCCCCCCCCUACAAAUGCACCGAGACGGAUUGUCGAUCCAAGGCGAAAUUCAAAACUCUCUCGCAGUUCAGGCAGCACGUCCGAAAUAUCCAUCAACAGCCGUUGCUUUGUACUGUGCCGGGCUGCACAUAUCCGAGACCUUUUGGCAAAGAGUCCGACCUCAUCCGGCAUAUGAUGAGCAAGCAUGAGGCCACCAGCCUUUUCACUUGCCCCGAUGAGUCCUGCCCGGGCCACUUUGAUGGCUUCAAGAGACAGGACAAGUUACUGAAGCAUCUGAGGGAGCAUCACCCUCAGGUGCAGUGCCAACAAACGCACUGCUCUGCGGUUGUCGCUGAUUGUCAGCAACAGUCGCAUAUCGAGGAGGCGCACGGCUCAUUCCAAUGUGCUAUUGGUCCGUGCCUAUCAUCGCCACCAUCCAACUUCACUCUAAUUCAACUCAAACGACACUUGAAGGCUCACCACAAACUAAGCCCUCGUUAUACUGAUUAUUUAACGUCAGACAUGGGAUGGUACCAGUCAGGCACAAUCAAGUCUGAGGACCUUCCAGAUAACCCGAGAAAGCCUCGCUGGGAGAUUUGCUCUAUCUGCGGGAUAGGUGGAGUAACGGCUCCUAUCAGUGAAGAUGUUUAA